UCGCUCUUUAGGCAGUUAAAGACAAACAUGACUCGUAAUGGCUCGUUAAUUACUCUGCAGAGACAGAGUCCGGAUUGGACCGACAGACUCACAGACAGACAUCCGUCGAUGCUGCAGCGUUAGUGUGCUCAACAAAGGCUCAGGCCGGGAGAGGGCCAUUUUACCAAAUACAAAGGAAGCAGAGCAGCGAGGGAGGGGAGGACUGUGGGAAUGACAGGAAUAGCGAAAUAUCUCUUUACGAAAUCGCAAUGUGCCAUCAAACCAAACACUGAACAAUGGGUGAGAAGUGAUCAGUCACGACUACAACAGAAUAUACAGUGAAACGACAGUAGAGCAAAUAAAUAAUUUAGAUGUCGAGCUGCCUGCUGUCAAAGCCGACUGCGCAUCACGGUGGCAAAAUGCCGGAACAGCACUGAUGAUAUUACGACCCAGACACUGUACGACGUAAUCUAUCCUAAUUUUGAAAACAGCCGUGAAAGAUUAUCGUCUGCUGAACUGAUGCAGUGAGAUUUACUGUAAUUUAGCUCAAAGAGAAAGAUUUUCAAUCUGUUUCAACCCAUGGGCCAAUUAGCCAUUGACUUUCCCCUGCAUCAUGUCACGCCGGAAACAGAAAAGACCUCAGCACUUUUACAGCCCCAUCCUCAACACUUCGUGGCUACUUCAACAUGAGGAGCAGUUGGCAGUGAAGUCCCUCACCUCUACUCUUGCAAAGAACUCUUCCUGCUCUUCCUCACACUCAACUCAAAGCCGCCAAUCUUCCUUAAACCCAAGCGCACCAGUUGAGAGGCUCACAACACCUUCUCUGACUAGAGCCAGCCAUCCUGUUUUUCACAUCCUUAGCCAGCCCAUACAAUUUCCUUCAAACCUCAAAGAGUCUCACCUUUUCCAAAUUUCUGACAUCCCAUCCCAUUCUACUAAUCAGUGUAUCACUACCACUGCACCAACUGUGCUCUCUACCCACAACCACACUCACUUACCCAUGGCUUCUCCAAAGUUAGGUGUGUCAGCAACCACAACCUCCUGUUCAUUCUCCUCUGCUGCUGCUUCUCUCUGUGUGCCUCCACACUCUAGAAGCCCUAGUUCUGUGCCUCAGGGUCCUCCAAGUCCAGUUACACCCUCUUCCAGCCCAAGCACAGUCCCCUCAGCCCCAGCAUGUGCACCCGUCAGUAUUGCUUUCAUAUUGGAGGAGCUACGUGUGCUGCAGCAGAGGCAAAUUCAUCAGAUGCAGAUGACUGAAGAAAUCUGUAGGCAAGUACUGAGAUUGGGAGGAGGAUCUUGUGAAGUGGAUUCAAAACCAUUUACACUACCAUCUCUGCCACAGCUCUGUUUAAAAGGUUCUGUUAACAACCCCAGACCUUCCCGACCAAAGCCAUCACCUCCCCCUACCUCUGUGGCUCCUCUUUUGGCCUGUUUCUCAUCCCUGCUACCCCCUCAGACCACCUCUAAGUCCUCCAAACAUACCCACCCUCUCUUGAAUGUCUUACGCCCCCAUAAAGCACAGUAUGACAGUGGUGUAGUUACUCCAGCAAGCUUCACCAGUCACACAAGUGCUUCCACGUCCUCAUCAAUGUCUACAACUGCUGCCUCAAACUAUCCACUCACACUUUCUCUUGGCCUUCCAUCCCAAAAAUCAUCCACCACAGGAGCUAGUGGACACAGUGGUGUGACCUUCCCAAACCAAUCUAUACCAGCAGCUGCUGUCCCUUCAGCCCCCUCACAGGAUCCAAAACUCUCUGCUCAAGGAGGUACGACAUCGUCAGGGCGUACGCAGCAUGCAUGCCGAUUUUGUCGGAAACUCUUCAGCAGUGAUUCAUCCCUGCAAAUACACUUGCGUUCACACACGGGGGAGCGUCCUUACCAGUGUCCCGUAUGCUUCAGUCGAUUCACCACACGAGGGAACCUCAAGGUCCACUUCUUGCGGCAUCGUGAGCAAAACCCUGAACUCUCUUUUUCAUUGUUUCCCUGUUCACUUUUUGCAUCUGUAACUGGGGGAUCGAUGGGAGGGUCAGCACAAAUGCAACCAAAUGCACAAAUCACCUCCACCAAUACAAAUGCUACUCAGAGGCAUCAAAAACAGCAAGAGGAUGAUCUGCGUGGUGACAGUCUUGAGGGAACUACUGCCUCAACACGUGCCACAACCUCAUCUCUUCCUCCUAGUAUUGACUUGGCCCUGCUGACCACGGCACACUCUCUCCUUCAGCUCAAUCGCGCCGCUGCUGCUGCGGCUGCUGCAGCCUCUACAUCCACUACCUCCUCAAUCACAUCCUCAUCACCUUCCUCUCUGGCCUCUACCCUUCUCUCAGCCCCUGCCUCAUCCACCUCCUCCAUUGCUGGGGUGUAUAAAGGAGUGAAACGCUUUGAUGAGAACACCCCACCAAUACCUACUCUGCUCCCCCAUUCUGCUUACUCACAGCUUGCCAAUUUACCCAAACUCUUCUUCCCAACAUCUUCCGCUCAGCAUCAUGCAGGCCAUGGGUUUCUCAGGCCAACAACUCCAGCUGGAUCCUUCCUGCCAUCCCCACAACAACACAUCACAUUCCCGUUCACAGCAUCAUCCACUACCCCAUCCAUCUCAACCCCAACCUCAGACACAUCGAAGCUGCAGAGACUGGUGGAGAAGUUAGAGAAAGAACCACAUGGUCAGUCACAUUGGGUUUCAUCCAUUGGGGAGACUUCUACCAGCAGCCAUAGUGCAGCAGGAGCAUUAAGCUAUAGCAGCAGUGGUUUAAUGAGCACAAGCACAAGUACAAAUGUGGUCACCUCACUUCCAUCAUCUACGAUCCAAAUACCAUCAUCCCUCUUCGGCAAGGAGUCACCCUACCUGGGACUUAUGCACUCUGCUGGGACACUUGCCCCUAAUCAGUGUAGUGUGUGUCUGCGGGUGCUAAGCUGCCCAAGAGCAUUACGAUUGCACCAGGCUACUCAUUUAGGUGAGCGACCCUUCCCCUGCAAGCUAUGUGGUCGAUCCUUCUCAACUAAAGGAAGCCUUCGAGCACACCUUGCCACCCACCGUGCCCGCCCACCAAACAGUCGUGCACAGAAUUCUUGCCCCUUGUGUCAACGGAAGUUUACCAAUGCCCUUGUGCUACAACAUCAUAUCCGCAUGCACUUAGGAGGACAGCUACCACCAGAGCACAUGCCAGAUACCUCAACAGGAUGUGAUACUUUGUCCCAUUCCGAGUCUAUUGAGCUCUCUGCUUCAGAGAUGAGCCCUAGUGCUACAGAUGUUCAGUUACUAAAUGAUCUACAAACCAUUACGGAUUCUAGACAUACUGAAUCCCUGGCUGUCAGUACUGCUCUUACAGCAUGUGCCAUAACCUCCAGUCUACCUGCUUCACUUAGCUCGGGUCCUAUACCACCUUUAGACCUAAGCCCUGACCCAUCCCUGAAUCCAACCCCCCUUUCACCUCCAACAUUCAGAGUUGAUCCACCUGAGCUCUCACUCAGUGCACCUUCUCCAGUGGAUUCUGCACCCUCCUUUGUCACCCCUGCCACCCAAUCAGCGUCAGCAAAAACUGGUCCUGAUGCCACUGAUGAACUAUCUUUUGAACUUUCCAGCAACACUGCCUUCUUGGAAGAUAAAAAGAUUUCAAGCUCCCCUGCUCUGAAGAAAGAAAGUCCGCAAAAAAAUGACUGUGAACGCAGUGAAAAUAGAUCUGUCUCACCAUCUGGAUCCAGAUCAAAUCUGGAGGAUCUUCUUAGUAUACAAGCUCAUAAUGCGUCCAAAGUUCCUCCACCACAUCCGGAAUCAACACCACCUUCUCUCCUUGUGCUGAGAUCUGAGAGUGCGUCUUCUCAUACAGUACGCCUAGAGGAGCCUGACCAAAGCCUUCUCCAAACAUCCAAAUUAAUCCCCCAAGAGUUCCCUAAGGAAGGAAAGAUGGAAGAUAAAACACCAAAUAAUGGACAAAGGACAACUCCAGAUUUGAGUAUUAAUGCAGAUAUGGUAUCAGACUCUGUAAACAAAACAAAUGAGGAUGAGACUGAGGAUCGUGACACACAUGUGCAGAAGACCAUAAAGGAAGCUCACUGUAGUUCAACUGCAAAAGAUAAAGCAGAUACAACAGCAACUGAAAUGGACAGAACAGAAUCAACUGUAUGCAUAUCACUGACUCCCAGUCUUCCACCUCCAAUGCCAGAGAAAAAAAUCUACCACUGUUCUGAAUGUGGAAAAGAGUAUGCAAGUCGCAGUGGACUUAAGGGACACAUGAAGCACCAUGGAGGAUUUGUCAAGGCACCCCGAGCUCUUGUAAAGACCAAGGGCCCAGAGAGAGUUUUGCAUCAUGAGCGUUCACAAACUCACCAUCUUGCAACCUUCCUGCCACCAGGACAUCAGUGAGUUUUUUGAACCAAGCCUUCCAGAAACAUCAGCAAGCAUCAGAAUGCUCUCCCCUAGACCCUGUUACAGGAAUCAGAAACAACGUAUUAAGAUGAAUUUAAUAGCUGACAAAAGGGAAGAAACCUGUGGACCUUGACUCUUGACUGAAAGAAAAAAAAACACAACCCCACACAUGUACACACAUAGAGGGUUAUUUCUUGGUUUUAAAAAAAUGUCCCUGAUCUUUAACCCAGAUCCUUUAUAUUAAUAUACCUGCAUUGUGUAUUUUAAUAUAUGUAAUGCUGUCUAAAUAUCUUAUAGUACUUCCUUGAAUAUUAUGUGAUGUUCUUUUAGAUAAAUGUAAAUUAUUUUGUCUGCAUAAGUUAAGAUGGAUUCAUUUACUUUUCCAAAGUGAAGAUCUUAAGGUAGCUAAGGAUUUGAGCAGUAGCUUUGGGUGAGGAACAGACCAAAAUUUACUAAGCCAAUGAUGACAUAAUUGAUCAUUUCCUCACGAAGAGUUAUUGUAUUGGAAUACCAUUUCUUUAUUCUUACAGAACAUUUAAAAAAUAUGCGGUGUUUUUGAUCAAAAUCCAUAAAGGAUGGGAAAAUUUGGAGGGAGUAUAUUUCAAAUGAAGGAAUAUACUAAUUACUUACUUAAAACGCACCUUGUUGAUACCUUGUUCCAGGGCAGCCAUGCGCAAAUCAUUGUUAUCAACUUUUGGUCAAAAAUUCAAGCUCAUAUCAGUUUUCAUAAUAAGCUCAAAUGUUUAAAAAUAUACCCUAAUCAAAAAACUUAAUACAGACAGUACAGCUGGAGCCAAGAGGAAGUAAAUGUUAAACUGUUUUAUUAGGGCAAACCAACUGUGAACAAGUGCUUUUAACAAGCGGAUAUUUUAAACACUUCAUAAAAUUUACAUUAUGUAAAUUCACAUGAAAUAUUUUUGACUUGUACUAAAUCUUCAGGAUUUUACUUAAUAGUUUACCAGUUGGAAAGCACCAAAACACCAAACUGUAAAUAUGACCUGUCAACCUAUGUCCAUUGUGUCCAUGUUUGUCCUGUCCAGCUGUACAGUAUUAGACAAUAUACUGCUCUUAACACCAACUAGACUAAAGAGUCGGGUAAGAUUGUUUAACAAGCCUGUAUGUCAGUGUAAGCUCUUGUUACUUUAAUAUUGUCAGUGUAGCUAUUGAAAAAGAUAGAAAUAAAUUGACUGAUUCUGAGAUGAACCACUAUGUAGCUUAAAAGGUAACCCUUUCCAUAUUUCUUGGUGGAAAUGUUUGUUUCUUUGGUGAUGUUUGUUCUUUGUCUGGAUACUUUUACAUGUACCUUCCAUAGAAAUGAAUUGGGUGUAUGAGUCUGACUGUGAGUUGUAAUUUCAUGGUACAGCUAAAAGAUAAAAAAGGAAAUAAAAAACAGUGUAUUGAUGACAAGAA